AUAUGACCACCUCUAUAUUAUUUUAAUUAGGAAAUUUAAAAUUUAUAUUAGAAUGUUUUAUUAAAUUUUUAAUUUUUAUUUUUAUUACAACUGCAAAGAUUAAUUUUUAAUAUGAAUUUAUAUUUUAAUAUUACAAAUGCAUCAUUUAAUAUUAAAAAAAAAACUAAAAACAUAAAAUAAAGACCGGGCGGGUCAAGGUCUAGUUCGAGUUAUAAGACAUCGUUCAGAUGUUUCAAAGAAAAAUGACGUCGUUCAGGUACCAACCGAAUACUCGCCUAGCCCAUACGUCGUUAAGUCCUGUACUAUUUGGUCGUGCACAUUUCACGUACUCACGGCCCAGUUUGUCUUAGUAUUAAAUGGGCCAAUUAAUUAUUUUUAUUACUUAAAUAUUCUGUUUCGAUGUUUCUUUUUUUUCUGAAAAGGAUCAUUAUUCUCUUUCGAUGUUCCGACUAUGUAACAUGCAUAGUAGUGUAUAGUACAUAUUGGAUGAGAUUAGGUCAUCAUGAUCGUGAGAUCAUCAUAUCCAAUGUUAAUUAUUGGAAAUUUGGAUUAUUGUCUGUCUUACAUGUCUGAUUCAACGGCCAUGACCGUGUUAGAUUUCAACUACAGUAUACUAUUCUAAUAUAUUAUUUAUACGAUUUUGAACAAUAUAGAUAUUACAUCAAAUUUUUACUUACAUAUUUAGAUUUUGGAGUGAUUUUAUAAUCAAUAAUUUAAAUGUAAUGUUGAAUGGACUGGAAAUAUUUCCAAAUAUAGAUUUUAAAUUUUAUAUUUACUAAACGAUACAUAUUUGAGGCGAACUGAUUUAGUUAGGCCUGGGCAUUCGGGGUCCCAAUCGGGUUUCGGUUUAGUCCAAUCGGGUUUUGGUUUUUCGGGUUUAUCAAAAUCAGCCCCAUUCGGGUUAUAUGAAAAUUCGGUUCGGGACCGGUUCGGGUUCUAUCGGGUUCGGGUCGGGUUUAGUAAAUCUUCAAAGAACCGGUACAACCCAAUAUACUUUCGGGUUCGAGUCCCAAUCGGUUUUUCGGUUUUAAAUGUACCUGAUUUAUAUAUACUUUGUAACCAAAAAGUAAGUAAAAUCGGUUUUUUGAUUUUAAAAUACUUGAUUUGUAACUAUUUUGUAAUCAAAACUUAAAUAAAAUCGGUUAAAAAAAAAAGAACAUCAAAUGUGAUCAUUCAAAAUCAAGUGAAAGGUAAAAAUUGUUAUUGAUCGAUAGAAAACCAAAUAAAUGAAAGCAUAAAAUGAAAAUCAAGUUCUCAUGAAAUGAAAAAUAUUAUUCAACGAAAACAAAACCAAAAUCUAAAAACUUCAACCUUCAACUGCCACCUUCAACCAUCAAUCUUCAUAUAAUAGAUAAUUAUUUUAAAUGUUCAAUAUAUUUUGAAUACAUAUUAGGAAUUGAGAUCAUGUUUGGUACAAGUUCUCUUUGAAAAUUUUGAAUGUUUCGGAUUCUAUCGGGUAUCCAUUUAGGUUCGGGUUCGGUUCGGAUAAUACUCAUAACCCGAAAUACCAUAAAACAAGAUCCAUUCGGUAUUUAUGUCGGGUUCGGAUCGGUUCAGAUUCAUUUUUAUCGGAUCGGGUUCGGUUCGGGUUUUCGGAUUCGGUUUAUUUGCCCAUCCCUAGAUUUAGUUUCAUCGAUUGGUAUAUUACAAAUUGAUUUUUACUCAAUAAACUAACUACACCGAAGCUUCCGCUCACGGCCUAGUCUUUUAAUUAUUUUAUAAGCCUUAAAUAUUCUUUUUCCGAUGAGCUGUUGCCACAUGUUCACCACGCCGUUGACGACAAUGUAACAUACAUGCUACAUAGUACAUGUACAUACUGCGUACAUUAGGUCAUCAUCGAUCAUCAUAUGAUAUCCAAUGCUGAUCAUGGAUCAUUAUCGGUCUUACUUGUCUGAUUCAACGGCCAUGACCGUUUUGGAUUUGAACUUUGGUAUGUCUAUAUAAGGGCCUUCUUUGCCAAAAAAAAAAGAAGUCUUAUAAAGACCUUACUUCCCUCACUUUCUCUGUCUAAAAAUAUUUCCUGAGCUGAAUAACAAAAAGAGAAAACAGAUUUGUUACUUGCCGCGUUGGGUUUACGCCGCAGGAGCCUUUCGCCCUCCUUUCAGUAUACAAUGGAUGUCAACAGCCGCGGGAUCACUAAUCAUCAGGUAUUCGUAAGUUUCCGAGGAGAGGAGCUUCGGUGUGGUUUCGUAAGCCAUCUGGUGGAAGCGCUUCAGAGACAUGGGAUCAACGUUUUCAUAGACAAACUCGAGAGCGUUGGCCAAGAUCUCUCCAACCUCUUCGCGAGGAUAGAGGAGUCCACCAUAGCUUUAGUCAUAUUCUCCAGGAGGUACACAGAAUCGAGAUGGUGCUUAGACGAGCUCGUGAAGAUUAAGGAACGUGCAGCUCAAGGCUUGCUCAAGGUCAUUCCAAUCUUUUUCAAAGUGGAACCAGUUACCGUGAAACAACUUCGUGGAGCAUUCGGUGAUAAGUUCAGGGAUCGAGAGUGGGAGUAUCGGUGCGAUAAACCAAGAACCGGUAGAUGGAAGGAGGCGUUAGCAUCUGUUUCUUGCAAAACAGGCCUGACCUUUGAUAGGAAAACGUAAAGUUACAAUCUCUGUCUUUAUUGUAUUUUAUCAUUAGGUCAAAUCUAAAUGAUAUCUGACUAAUCUUUUUUUUUUCGCAGUAAUGAGAGUACAUUCGUCAGGAUAAUCGUUAAGGAGAUCGAGAAAAUGCUACAACCACAAGGCCAAGGGAAGUUUGCGGUCCUUCCAUUUUCAGGAGGAGGUCAAGAUCAGAUGGAUAUAUCAAGAGACAGUGUUCUUGUGCACCAGAACUCUUACAUUGCUAACCAGAUUGUACUAGUUUCCAAUACUUACAUGGACAUCGAAUAUCAGAACAGUGUUCUAAGGGCUCAGCUCGUUGCACUAAGGGAUAGACUGCAGUCACUAAACUCUGUCAUUAAGAUGUCAGAAGGAGUCAUGGCAGAUGUCUUUCUCUUCACAGCCAACACUGGCCUCUGCUGAUAAUUUUUAAAACUGAGCGACUCUCAUAAACAAAGUUGCAUGCAUCCCUUUACCGCCUGUGUAAUCACAACAAACAACUCAUUUUUCAUGCAAUUUUAUACUUGAAUUUCUGAAUAUGAGCAAGCAGCUACUGCUAUUUCCUCAACCUUUGGUUCCAAAGAAUCACAUAGCAGAAACAAGACUAGUUGACACUUAGUUUAAUGGUCCACCACAUUCUGUUGAUUUGGGUCUUAAGAAUUAUAUACCACAACAUAAACCAAUACUCGUUUUUUCAGAACUAAACGAACAUUAUCAACAAGAAUAAAAAUAAAUCCCAAAGAGCUCUUUAGCUUCAAGCUUGGAUGAGUCUCAUAAACUCUAUAUUCAUAAUCCAACGUGCACAACAAAAAGAAGUAAAAUAGACAUCUAGGUAAACUUCUUAGAAAUCUAAAAUAGAAAUCCUUUGGAAAUAAAUAACAUAAACUAAUACGUACCACAUUCUUCUUCAAGA